AUGGAGUUUGAAUCAUACCCUCGACAGCAUUUCCCCAUGGGCAACUUUGCGGGUACGGGAACGCUUGACAUGUCGACAAUGGCUGCCGCGUUGCCAGACUAUCCAAUGCGACAGUUCCAGCAACAACCAUACGCUCAGCAUUACCAGUCUACCAGUGCUCCAAAUCCGUCCAUGAUGUACCAAUACCACCAAGGCGCGCAGUUUGCCGGCCAGGCUGCCGCGACCCCAACCCAUUCGUUCGCGCAACAAUAUUCAUCGCCGUUUGUCCAGGGCCCACCGGUUCGACCACAGCAGGGAGCAGCCUACUCACAUUUUGUCACGAAUACAGGGCUUGCGGGUGGCCCACAGGCGUUUCAAAACCAGUCUUUUCUUCUGCAACAGCCGGUGCUACAUCACUCGGGGGCGGCAAGCCAGCACCAUCAUCAGCAGCAGCAGCAGCCUCAUUUCCCACAGUCUCAUGGAUCUCCAGCCUACGGUGUCCCGUAUGGGACAGGGAUCGCAUCUGGCUACACGCUUCCACAACUGCGGCUUGACAAUAGUAUGGCCCAGGUCCAAACCUCGAAUAUUUAUCCACAGCUGAACCCUUCAGGUACAGAGCCAUCCCUCUCAAGGAGCCUCCACGAGAAACUAACAUUUGGGACAUGCAUAGCUGUGAGAAGAAGCAGCUCAAACUCCUCCCUGCAGACCUCCGCGCUCAGAGGGCCACCUAGAAAGCCCAAGCAAUCCGGCCAUGCGCUUUGGGUCGGAAAUUUGCCGCCUGCAACACACAUAAUUGACCUCAAAGACCAUUUCGCGAGGGAUGCGACAGAGGACAUCGAGAGUGUCUUUCUGAUCUCGAAGAGCAACUGUGCUUUUGUGAAUUAUCGAACAGAAGCCAGUUGUGCAGCCGCUAUGACUCGCUUCCACGACUCCAGGUUCCAAGGCGUGCGAUUAGUUUGCCGGCUCCGACGUGGAAGUGCUUCCACGGCGACCUCGACGCAAACAGGGGCACAUCAGUCGGCAUCAGCCGAAGAAGGUGAAACACCGGAAGCUGGUGGCAAAGAUACAGCAGUCACUGACGCAACAAUAACUGCGGAGCCUGAAUCGAUGGGGAAGGCAAAGGAGAAGUUCUUUGUUGUGAAGAGCCUGACCGUGGAGGACCUGGAGCGUAGUGUCGUCAGUGGAAUAUGGGCGACGCAGGCUCAUAAUGAAGUGGCUUUGAACAACGCGUACCAGACCGCCGAGAACGUCUACCUGGUCUUUUCUGCGAACAAGUCUGGCGAGUAUUUUGGUUAUGCUCGGAUGGAGUCUGCCAUCGAUGACGAAUCUGUCGCCAACGUCGAAAUCCAGCCACGGCCAGAGGCACCAGAACCAGGCCCAGCUGAUCUCCCUUUGACCAUCCCAACCCCAGCCACUGCGACGGCGCCUAAAGGACGAAUCAUAGAUGAUUCGGCCCGCGGGACGAUCUUCUGGGAGGCAGACACGGCUACGCAAGAGAAAGAAGAACAACACACAGACGACGAGGCCGGAAACAUAUCAGGCGAAGGCUACGAGUCAGCCAGUCCAGCCACACCACAAACUUUCGGGAAACCUUUCAAGAUCAAGUGGAUGUCCACCGAUCGCCUGCCGUUUUACAGGACGAGGGGUCUGCGGAACCCCUUGAACGCCAAUCGCGAGGUCAAGAUCGCCCGUGACGGCACCGAGAUUGAACCCAGUGUUGGCCGGCGGCUGGUCAACAUGUUCCACCGUCCUCCAGUGCCGUCUGCAAGCCCUGGCGCGACUCGACCGCCGCCUCCUCCUCCUCCAGGACCUUUGGGUGGGUUCAUGUCUCCUCAUGGCGCAGCGCCAGGGGGUAUGUACGGGAGGAGCUACUGA